AUGAGCACCGGAACUCCAUAUAUUGGCAGUAAAAUUAGCCUGAUAUCCAAGGCCCAAAUUCGAUAUGAAGGCAUUUUGUAUACAAUUGAUAUGGAUAAUUCCACAGUGGCUUUGGCUAAAGUGAGAUCCUUCGGUACGGAGGGGCGUCCAACGGAGAGGCCGGUGCCGCCAAGAGAUGAAAUUUACGAAUAUAUCAUUUUCAGGGGGAGUGAUAUUAAAGAUAUCACUGUUUCCGAGCCUCCAAAAUCGCACCAUGGAUUACCUCAGGAUCCUGCAAUAGUGCAGUCUUCAAUUGCCAGUUCAACCCAAUACCAGCCUCAAGUUCCCUAUAGUCCUUACCGGGGCAUGAACCAGUCCUACAGUCAGCUGGCUGCCAGCUCCCUCCUCAAUCAACAGUAUGCUGCAGCGCUGGGUCUGGGGGCUGGAUUUCAUGGUUUCCCAAUGAGAAGAGGCCCAAUGGUAGAGCAGGCUGUGCAGACCGUGCCAGCGGAAAGUGCUGCUCAGAAAAAGAUCCUGCCUGUGUCCCAGCAACAGGGCCGAGAAAUGACCAGGGCCCCCCAGGGAGGUGGACGUGGGAGCCCCCAACCCCAAAGGACUGGUCCCAGUAAUGCAGUAGUAAAACAGCCUGGUGUAUUGCAAGAUCAAGAGCAGGGCAACGAUGAAACCCGGCGGUCACAGAGGAGGAGACAGGGAAAUAGAAGGUCCAGGAACCGUGGAAGAGGACAGAUUCUGGUUGGAAACUCAAAACCUAGCACACUCCAGUUUGAAUCUGACUUUGAUUUUGAAACCGCAAAUGCCCAGUUCAACAAAGAUGACCUUGAAAAGGAGUUGCAGGAUGAGCUUAACCUCAAAGAUGCAAAGGAUGAUGUAGAAGAGAAGGUGGACUCUGGAGUGGACACUCAGAACAGUGAGGGGACAGUGGAGGAGGAUCCCUUUGGUCCCAAGUGCUACUAUGACAAAACAAAGUGCUUCUUCGACAACAUUUCAUCCGAGCUAAAAUCCAGGCGCACCACCUGGGCAGAGGAGAGGAAGCUGAAUUUGGAGACGUUUGGGGUGCCUGGCAGAUUCCUGAGGGGCCGAGGGUUUCGGGGAGGCUUCCGUGGACGGAGGGGACGGGGUGGCCCACAGCGUGCUCCCCCCAUGCAAAAAGUGGGCUCUGGGAGACUGUAAUGGGCCAGCCUCUUGGAGCUUGAUUGAUGUCUUCAGUGGGGUGGUGCAGUCCUUUUUUUUUUUUCCUUUCUUUUUUUUUUUUCUUUCCUCCCUUC